AUGAGCAGCUUAAAAAAUAAAUUAGACGUGGGGGGAGAACCGCGUCCUGUGGCGACACAGGAUCGCGGGGAAGGAGACGGUCCACCGGUCCACCUGGGGAUGCUGGACGAGCCGCCGACGCCUUCGGUGUCGCGCUCGAACAGCCAGCGCAGCACUCGGAGCACUAGAUCCGCUCGAGUGCAUAACAGUGGCUCCGAGUAUGGCUCGGCCGAUGAAACGUCGGUCGAGCGAUGUGCUCGGACCACGGGUAGAGUGUCGGGAGAGAAGGGGAGGGAGUUUCGCCCCCCCGACCCCCCCGUCGCAAAGAAGCCGGGCCCUGCUUCGAGCAAGGCCCGCAAGAGAAAAGGAAGCGGAGCGUCGGCGGCGUCUUCGGACGCCGACAUGGAGGUCGACGACCCUGAGGGCGAUCCGACAACUAAACGCCUGAGGGAGGGCGACGAUUCCGACUCCUCCAUCGCCUCCGGCGAUUCCAUCCUCUCUGAGGGGAUGUUGGAGCGCCGGGGACGAAUCAGAGCCCGUACCACCGGGGAAUAUGUGGGCCUGGCAAAGGCCAAGGCGGAAAACAUCCGCUUGGAAAGGGAGGAGCUCGCCCUCUUAGCCGAGCGCGAGCUCCUGGAUGACUGGACCGAACCAGCAACGACUCGGUCCAGAAAGAUCCUCUUGGGGGCAGAGGUGAGCGUCGAGGAUGGGUCACAAAAGAUCCUGGACCCGUCCUGUCUCUCUUCAGCUGAUCUUGAGAUGCAGCUGAGGGGGACGAUCGACGCCAUCCACAAGGUCGCCUCCUUCAAGAAGGGCCUUAAGGGCACUUCUGUGAGAAUAUUGAAGGAGGCGGCCAAAGUGGUGGGUGCGGCUGGUAAGGAGCUUGCCAGUCGUACCCAAAAUGAUGAGAGUCGUCUCCUGAAGGAGGCGAAUAGCCGACUUACCGGCGAAGUGGCCGAACUCAGGAGACAGCUCAGUGAGCUGCGGGAGAGGGUGGCCAACAUGGCGGGAUCACAGGGCCCCGCGCCACCCUCGUCCCCACCAUCGGGCCCCAGCUCCAUGGAGGUGGCCGCCGCGGCCCCCAAAGGGGCUAAAGGGAGGAGUGACGGGGGUCGGGGGGUAAAACCCACCGCGGCCCCACCGCCACCCUCCCCCGCGAAGGGAAAGGGCAGUAAAACCGGGGGGAUACCUGCAAAAGCCCCCCCGGCCAAGACUACUAAGGCCGUCGAGCCCAGACGAGCGGCCGACGGGUCCGAUUGGACUGUCGUCGGCCGCUCGGGCGGAAAGGCGGCAAAGGCCAAAGGUGGAGCUGGAGCCCCACCCAAGGCCAAGGCCCCCAAGCCCGGUCCCCCCUCUAAACAGGGGGGGAAGACGGGCAAAGGGCCCACGAAGAGGGGCGGGAAAGGCCCUCAAUCGCAGAGGACCAAUCCCGCGAAGCCGCGCAAGAUCCGCCCCCCCAAAACGGCGGCCGUGCUUUUGAGUACGGAUCCGUCCGGGGGGGGUGAAAAACCGGCGGCGUUGGGGGAGGCGAUUGCCGGCGUUCGGUCCAGCAUUAAGCUGACCGAGUUCGGUAUCGCCUCCCUAAAGCCGAAAAAGGCGGCGGGCGGGGGCCUCUUGUUUGAGGUCCCCGGCCCUGAUAGCGGCCCAAAGGCCGAUAAGUUGGCCGAGGCGCUAAGGCCCCUGUUGGAGCCUAAGGGGGUGAGGGUCUCCAGGCCGGUCAAGCUCGCAGAAUUGCGAGUGGCCGGUCUGGAUGACUCGAUCACCCCCACAGAGGUGCAGCAAGCUAUUGCUGCGGCGGGCGGCUGCUCCGUGGGGGAGGUCAAGGUUGGUAAGAUCAACCUCUCCCCCGCGGGUAGACUCGGGUCCGUGUGGGCCCGCUGUCCUGCAGCCGCCGCCAAGAUGGUGGUCGACGCGGGUCAUCUACCCAUUGGGUGGAUUAGGGCCCGCGUCGAGGCCCUCGAGCCCCGGCCCCUGCAGUGCUUCAAGUGCAUGGGGGUCGGUCAUUCGAGGGCCCAUUGUAAGGCGGAGACUGACCGCAGCGGUUUGUGUUACCGCUGCGGUCAGCAGGGACAUAUUGCGGCCGGGUGCACCGCUAAGGACCCCCAUUGUCCGCUUUGCGCGGAUGGGGGGCACCCGGCCAAUCACAGGGCGCAGGAUCUCCUGCUGCAAACCCUGGCGGAGUGGAGUAUAGAUUUGGCGGUGGUGGCCGAGCCGUACCACGUUCCAGCAAAAUCCUGUUGGAUUGGCGACGUGGACGGCUUGGUCACCAUUAUUAGCAGAGGUGGCCAAAACGCCCUCCCCCUAACCCUUAUAGGGAGAGGAGGCGGCCACGUGACCGCCAAAUGGGGGGAGAUUGUCGUGGUGGGGGUGUACUUCUCGCCCAAUCGCGACCUGACCCAGUUUCGGGAAUACUUGGACCGGGUGGCGUCGUCGAUACGUCGCCAACUGCCUGGUCCAGUACUUGUCGCGGGGGACCUCAACGCCAAGUCGGUGGAUUGGGGUUCCCCCGUGACCGAUGCCCGGGGUCAGGAACUCGCGGAGUGGGGGGCGGAGCUGGGCCUCGUUGUGUUAAACAGAGGCUCGGCUCACACCUGCGUGCGGCACAAUGGGGGAUCCAUCGUCGAUGUGAUGUUUGGAUCCCCGUCAGUCGCGCGCAAGGUGGUCGGCUGGAGGGUAAUGGAGGGGUCGGAGACGUUGUCCAAUCAUCGGUAUAUCCGAUGGGACAUCUCCGACCCCGCCCUUGGAAACCAGCCGCGUCCCCCCGGGCGUGGAGGUGCAUCUCCACACCCCCGCUGGGCGCUUAAGCGCCUGGUUGAGGACGCCUUGAUGGCAGCCGCUUCGGUCAAGGCCCUGGAAGAAAUGCCGGGGCCUGACGCCUGCGACGUCAACGGGGAGGCUACCUGGUUCCGGGAGGCCAUGUCGCAAAUAUGCGAUGUGGCUAUGCCCCGGAUCCGGGCCCUCCCCGAGAAGAAGUCAGUGUACUGGUGGUCGCUCGAGAUCGCGCAAUUACGCGCGACGUGCGUGAGGGAGCGACGCCAGUACACAAGAUGCCGUCGCAGACGUCAUUCGGAGACUGAAGCGGCAUCGCUGUAUGCAGCCUAUAGAGAGGCGAAAAAGGUGCUGCAGCGAGCCAUCAAGAGGGCCAAAGAUAAGGCCUGGGCAGAGCUCUUGGAGACUCUCAAUGAAGAUCCAUGGGGGCGCCCUUACCUGAUUAUCAGGAAAAAACUGAAGUCAGGGGGGCCCCGGAUCACUGAGAGUCUCCACUCCCAGGUCCUGGAGGACGUGGUCGCGGCCCUCUUCCCCAAUAAUGGGGAUGGGGCGGACACGGCUCUGGGACAGUCGAUCCACACGUCAUCGUGGACCGACGAUCUGGGGGUUACAGAGGAAGAGCUGGCUGGGGCAAUACGGAAACUCCGGGCGAAGAAUACCGCCCCGGGGCCCGAUGGUAUCCCCGGCCGAGCCUGGGUCUUGGCCCUCGGCGUCCUAGGGGACCGGCUAAGGAGGCUAUAUACAGCCUGCCUUAAGUCGGGACAAUUUCCCCCUAUAUGGAAGGAGGCGACUCUCGUCCUCCUACAGAAGGAAGGACGCUCCCCGGAGUCGCCCUCCGCAUAUCGCCCGAUAUGCUUGCUGGACGAGGCGGGCAAAUUAUUCGAGCGGGUGCUCGUUGCCCGCCUCCAAAGGCAUCUGUCCCUCGUGGGUCCCGAUCUGGCCGACUGCCAGUACGGAUUCCGGGAAGGCCGAUCGACAGUGGACGCGAUCCAACGCGUGCGGGCCUUCUCGGAUAAGGCUGUCUCCCGGGGUGGGGUGGCAAUGGCGGUGUCACUCGACAUCGCCAACGCAUUUAACACCCUACCCUGGGAGUGUAUAGGGCGUGCGCUUGAAUAUCACCGAGUGCCGCCCUAUAUGCGGUCGGUCCUUAGGGACUAUUUGAGGGACAGGGCCGUUGCAUACCGGGCACGGUACGGUGUACCGAUGCGGAGGGCAAUGUACUGCGGGGUUCCACAGGGGUCAGUUUUGGGCCCCAUGUUGUGGAACCUCGGGUACAACAGUGUACUCCGGGGAGCUCUCCUCACGGGUCUGGGUGUCGUCUGCUAUGCGGACGACACUCUUGUUAUGGCCCGCGGGAAGACUUGGGAGGACGUGAAUCGCCUCGCACGAGUCGGGGUGGCACUUGUCGUUGGCCGUAUUCGCGCCUUGGGACUGACGGUGGCGCUUCAUAAGACGGAGGCUGUAUACUUUAAACAGCCUUCGCGGAAGUCGCUGCCGCAGUCCCAUAUAACCGUCGAGGGAGUCCGCAUCGAGGUGCGGUCCAGCAUGAAAUAUCUGGGCCUGCACCUCGAUUGCCACUGGUGUUUCCGGGAGCAUUUCAUCCGCUUGGCCCCCCGUAUAAAAGCAGCAAUCAACUCCUUCGGGAGUUUGCUGCCUAACAUCGGGGGGCCACGGGAUAGGGUGCGCCGUCUCUAUAUGGGGGUGGUAGGAUCCAUGAUCCUGUACGGAGCCCCCGUGUGGUCCGGAACUAUAAUGGCCAGCCGAAGCUGCCUUGCAAUAAUGCAAGGCAUGCAGCGGAGGCUGGCCAUCCGGAUCACUAGGGGGUAUAGAACCACCCCCACGGAGGCGGCGCUAGUGGUGUCGGGGUCGAUCCCCUGGGAUCUGCUGGCGGAGGCGUACGCUGCCAUGUAUGGGUGGCGUACUACCCUCCGCCAGCGUGGUGUUACCCCGACACCGCGGAUGAAGGAAGCUGCCCGGAACCAGUUCCGACAGCUCGCUCUAGAAAAGUGGAAGGAGAGGCUGGCCCAUGUAAGGGUCGGCCUUAGAGCUGUCGGAGCCAUCCGCCCGGUCCUGGAGGACUGGGUGGAUAGACGGCCGAAAGGACUCCCUUUUAGGACGGUACAGGUACUCACCGGGCAUGAUUGCGUCGGUGAGUACCUGUAUGAGAAGGCAAGGCGCGAGCCAACGGCAAAGUGCCACCAUUGCGCGGAGGUAAGGGACACGGCGCAGCACACCCUUCAGGAUUGUCCUGCCUGGGAUGUGCAGCGCCGUGUCCUCCGCGCCGCGGUCGGAGACGACCUCUCGCUCCCGGCCAUCGUCGAAAAGAUGGUCGGGAGCGAGGACGCCUGGGACGCCAUGGUCUCCUUCUGCGAAGAAGUUAUAUCGCAGAAGGAGGCCGCGGAGAGGGUUCGGGAAAAUGAUCCCGAUGCUCACCCUAUCUGCAGGAGGAAGGGGGGUGCACGGAGGAGGGCCUAUGCCCUCCAGAAUCCGUAG